AGCAUUACUGGUAGAAGUCAUCACUACAUAUGUGUACAGUGCAAACAUGCAGUACGUAUUAAAACUCCAUUUUCAGUUGUUUAUGUGUGUUGAAUAAUGAAAAGUGCUUCCAUCUUCUUUUCUUGGAUAAUUUCUUUUCAAGAAUGCUGAAGCUCAGGACUGAGGGGAAAAAAAGGCUUUUACCCAUAUUGGAGGAAUGGCACGUUCUAUUUAAAGAGUGAGAUAUAGAAAAUAUGUUUACUGCAGUAUGACUCCAUGGUAGUCUUCCAGUCAGUAACUUUCACGGAGUCACAGAGUUGUAGAAGUUGGAAGGGAUCUCUGAAGAUCAUCGAGUCCAACACCCCUGCAAAGCAGGCUCCCUGCAGCAGGUUGCACAGGGUGACAAGGCAUUCACACAGUGACCGCAGCAGAUCAAGGAUAUUACUGUGUAGUGAAUUAUUUCCAGAGAACAAGUAUUUAAUGUUAAGAGAUCAAUGCUAUAAAGCAAGCUCAAAAUCCAUGAUCUUUGACUUGCUGUGGUCAACAGCAGUAACAGAAACUUCAUUCUGCAACGUCUGGGAGAAGCCAUCUAUUACCACACUUGGCUUCAGGAUGUCCGUUCUUAAAGUCUUGUUUUUCAUUCUGUUGGUGGCCGGUGAUUCUCUGAGUCAAGAACCCAACUGCACUGCAGUUGAGGACUUCAGUGACUGCAAUGGCGAUAGCAGCAGCUUCUGUCCUAUCAAUAUUCCAUGUCAAUGUAAAAAUGAAAAACCUUUUUGCAGAUGUGAUUACUACAGAGAGGGCUGGAUGGAGUAUUGGUACAUGGGUCCCAAAUGUAACCAGCUUUGGAACACACUGGAUUUAAUACUAGUAACUGUUCUUCCUGCAGUAGCCCUGGUUUUCUUAGUUGUUGCAAUAUUUCAGUGUGUCUACUACUGUAAAGCUAAAAAAGCCAGGAAGCAGACAAAUUCUCCGUACCUUGAAGUGCACCAUAAUCCUACAUUUAGUCCUGAACAUCCUGGUAACCUGGGACAUGCUUCUCAACAGCCACCAAGGGUUGCCUGGACUGGACAAUUGCCAAAAGCUGUACUGAGAAGACAAGAUUUUGAUGAUCAACCAAGCCCAAGUUACUUAGAUAAUGCUAGCCCCAGGUAUUCUCAGCCACCGAGACCAGACUAUCUUUCCAGCCAGCAAUCCCAACAAUACGACAGCUUUGUCUAUCCAGGCAACAACAGACCUUAUGCAGGUUAUGCAGAGGAGAGGCAGUAUUCGAGAUACUAAUACCAGAGCUUCCUUGAUCUGAAGUGUCUCAGAAUGCUGCAUGAUCAAUGAAUGAGCAAUCCAAACACUGAGAAAUCAGUAAGGCCUUGCAUACAUGGACACGGAGAAAAUAGUAACUAGUAGAGAGCACUAAAAGUCAUUCCAAAAAAAAAGUGUAGAAUUAUAAAACAAAACAUAAUUACAAAACUAAUAUCAAAUUUAUUUACUGUAUAACUUAUGAAAGUUUAACUUUUUUUGGAUACCUGAUUUCACAGUUUAUACACUUAUUUCUAAGAAUUACUUAAAUUGUUGCACAUCUAUCUUGACGCGGUUUUUUUGAUUAACUAUGUCAUGAGCCUAAAUAACAAGUACCUGUUAGAUAAAGCUGCCUUUUCUGAGAGGAAACUCAUAAGAAAGAAGAAAGUCUUCCCAAAAAUUCAGUAUGAGAGGUGACAAAUAUGCAUGCUAAUCAUCAUUCUUCCUUCAUUGCUGUGGGUUUAAAUCUAUAUUAAAAAGAAAAGAGGAGUUGCUUUUUUUUUCUUAUUUCUUAGGAAGGCUUGUCAAAGACAGCUGCUGCCGAAUACAGUUUUUCCAUUUGGCUUUCCCAUUUAUUUGUGAUGUUUGCUCCUCUCUGAAUCAUCUAUCCACAUGCUAGUGAGCAGUGGUUCCUAGAAUAAUGUUUUAAAUAAGACCACAAAUUUCUCUGACUGAAAUUAUGGAGAUUCUUCAGGCCAUUUUAGUGUGUAGAAUCUUUUGUUCCCUUAUAGAUGUUUCUUUUUUUUUUUUCCCCAAAAGAGCCAAUAGUUAAGGAAGAAAAACAACAGAUUUCGUACAAGCUCGAAUGUUUAUUAAAAUCUGUAUUUUUGUGUAUUCCAGUAUCCCAAAGAAUGAGGCAAAAGGGAAGGUUCUGUUGUCAGGUGUAGCCACCUAGUCUACUGACACUAGCGGCAUUGCACGAGUGUAACCAAGGCACUUAGGUUCUCAUUUUCUCAAGAUGCAUCAAAUACUGCAAUACUGAUACAGCAGCAUGAGCCCGUGAGCCCAUUCUGCAGUGCCUUGUUUCUUUUUCACCUUAUCUUACUUAGCCACCUUGUUGAUCCUAACAGCUCAAAUGUUUUUUCUUUAAAAAUACAGUCUUUCUUUGCAAUGUCUUUUGUGAAUAAUGAAAAUAAAUGAAGCUAUGGAAAAUUGAGUGCCUUACCACUAACUAACAAAUAAAAGAUACUGAAGUCCUGGA